UUCUCUUUUUCUGUUCUUUCCCCUCAGCUGUUAUAAAACCACACAGAUUCAAGAAUGCCCUCAAUCUAGAGAAGAAGGAGCUUCAGUCAAAACUUCUGUCUGUAAAGAAAAGCAGGAAGAGACCAUGGCAACAGCCGUAGAGCUGCUGGCAACGUUGGAGGAUUUGACAGACGGAGAGUUUAAAAAGUUCAAAUGGUUCCUGCAGCAGGCUGAUGCCUUGGAAGGCUUCCCAGCAAUCCCAAGGAGCCAGUUAGGGAAUGCAGACAGGCUGGACACAGUGGAUGAAAUCAUAGAGACCUACAACCAAAAUGCAGUGGAGGUGACCAUCAAGGCUUUGAAAUUCAUCAGAAAGAAUGACUUGGUGCAGCGUUUAUCAAACAUCAGCUCAACAUCCAAAGAGGCUCUCACUGAUUGCCAGCGUAAACUCAAAUCCAACCUGAGGAAGAGGUUUCAGCAUUUGUUUGAACAAGAAACAAAAUCUGGAAAGCAGAUGUUGAUGAAUGAGAUCUACACUGAGCUCGACAUCACAGAGGAAAACUCUGGGAAGGUCAUCCUCCAAGACCUCUUUGAAACCGUACCUGGUCAAGACGGAUCAGUUAGAACAUUAUUGACAAAAGGAGUAUCAGGUAUUGGGAAAACAGUCUUGACACGGAAGUUUGCCAUGGAUUGGGCCGAAGACAAAGUCACAAGCAAGAUUCAGUUCAUAUUUCCAUUCACUUUCCGAGAGUUGAAUUUGCUUAAGGAGAAACAAUACAGCUGGGUGGAACUUCUUCAUUACUUCUUUACUGAAACCAAAGAAGCAGGAAUAAGCAGUUUUGAUAAAUUCCAGAUUGUGUUUAUCCUCGAUGGUCUGGAUGAGUGUCAACUUCCUUUGGACUUCCACAACAACGAGAUUCUGACUGACAUCACUGACACGGCUUCGGUGGACGUGCUGCUGACAAACCUCAUCAUGGGGAAACUGUUCCCUUCUGCCAGCCUCUGGAUUACCACAUCACCCGGGGCAGCCAAUGAAAUCCCUCCGGAGUACAUUGACAUGGUGACAGAGGUGAGAGGGUUCACUGAUCCAAAGAAGGACGAGUACUUCAGGAAGAGAUUCAGGAAUAAGGAGCUGGCGAGCAGAAUCAUCACUCACAUUAAGGCAUCCCAAGGCCUCCACAUCAUGUGCCACAUUCCAGUCCUCUGUUGGAUCACUGCGACAGUUCUGGAGGAUGUGUUGAAAACCAAUGACAGAGGAGAGCUGCCCAAGACCUUGACGGAGAUGUAUAUCCAUUUUCUGUUAGAUCAGUCCAUACUGGCGAAUGCCAAAAAUCAUGGAAGAGCUGAGACAGGUCUACUUUGGAACACAGAGACCAGCGAGAUCAUUAUGUCUCUUGCAAAACUGGCUUUUGAGCAGCUGCAGAAAGGCAACCUGAUCUUCUAUGAAGCAGAUCUUAAAGAGUGUGGCAUUGAUAUCACAGCUGCUUCAGUCUACCCUGGAGUGUUCACACAGAUCCUUAAAGAGGACCGCCGGCUGAACCAGGACAAACCUUUCUGCUUUGUCCAUUUGAGCUUUCAGGAGUUUCUGGCUGCUGUCCAUGUCACUGCAUCCUUCAUCAACUCUGGUGUCAACCUCUUGGCAGAAGAGCCAUCAACCUCCCAACAGUCUGCUGAGCAGAGCACAGAGCAAUCUACAGUAAAUCACCUCCUCCAAAGUGCGGUCAACAAGGCUUUACAGAGUCCAAAUGGGCACCUGGACUUGUUCCUCCGCUUCCUAAUUGGCCUCUCACUGCAGACCAAUCAAGCACUCCUUCAAGACCUGUUGAAACAAUCAGGAAGUAGCUUACAGAGCAAUCAGGACACAGUCCAGUACAUCAAGAAGAAGAUCAGAGAGAAUUCCUCUCCAGAGCAAUGCCUCAACCUGUUCCACUGUCUUAAUGAGCUGCGUGAUCAUUCUCUAGUGGAGGAGAUCCAACUGUACCUGAGUUCAGAAUGGCUUUCCACAAACAAACUGUCUCCUGCUCAGUGGUCGGCUCUGGUCAAAAUCUUACUGUCAUCAGAGAGCGAGUUGGAUGUGUUUGACCUGAAGAAGUUCUCUGCUUCAGAGGAAGGUCUACUGAUGUUGCUGCCAGUGCUUCAAGCCUCCAGUCUAUCUCGAUUGAAUGGCUGUAAACUGUCUGGGAGUAGUUGCAAUGCUCUGGCCUCAGCUCUCAGCUCCCCGACCUCUAAUCUGAGAGAGCUGGACCUGAGUUACAACAAUGUGAAGGAUGCAGGACUCCUGGUCCUCACGGAUGGCUUGAAGAAUCGACAAUGUAGACUUCAAACUCUCAGGCUGAGUGGCUGUGAUCUGACAUCCAGGAGUUGUAAAGCCCUGUCUUCAGUUCUCAGUUGCCAGUCCUCUAGUCUUAGAGAGCUGGACCUUACUAGCAAUUCCUUGCAGGACAAUGGAGUGAAGCUGCUCUCUGUGGGACUGGAGAGUCCACACUGUGGACUUGAAAUUCUCAGGUUGAUUGGCUGUGCGCUGACGUGGAAAGGCUGUGAUGCUGUGGCCUUUUUCCUUAGCUCCCAGUCCUCUGGUCUGAGAGAGCUGGACCUGAGUGUGAACAACCUGCAGGAUUCAGGAGUGCUGGCAUUCAGUGCUGUUCUGGAGAAUCCACACCGUCAACUGGAAACUCUCAGGCUUAGAGCUUGCAACCUGUCAGAAAAGAGCUGUGAAUCUCUGGCCUCGGCUCUCACUUUCCAGACCUCCAGCUUGAGAGUGCUGGACUUGAGCAAGAACAACCUGCAGGAUUCAGGAGUGAAGCUUCUUUCUGCUGGACUGGAGAGUCCACACUGUAACCUGGAAACUAUCAGGUUGAGCGAGUGUAAGCUGUCAGAGAGAAGCUGUGAACAUCUGGCCUCAGCUCUCAGCUCCCAGACCUCUAGUUUGAAAGAGCUGGACCUGAACAACAACGACCUGCAGGAUUCAGGAGUGGAGCUUCUUUCUGCCGGACUCGAGAGUCCUCAAUGCAGACUGGAAACUCUCAGGCUGUCAGGCUGUCAGGUCACAGAGGUGGGCUGUGCUUCUCUGGCCUCAGCUCUGAGCUCUAACCCCUCCCAUCUGAGAGAACUGGACCUGAGCUACAACCAUCCAGGAGACGCAGGUGUGACGCUCCUGUCUGCUGGACUGGAUGAUCCACAGUGGAGACUGGACACUCUAAAAGUGGACCAUGGCGGAUUGGAGAGGUUAAAAUCUGGUCUGCGGAAGUAUGCUUGUGAACUCACACUGGACCCAAACACCGCACACAGACAGCUCGUACUGUCCGAGGACAACAGACAGGUAGAAUAUGUGCAGGAGGAGCAGCCUUGUUGGUAUCAUCCAGAGAGAUUCGAUUGCUUCAAACAGCUGCUGUGUGGAAAUGGUUUGACUGGUCGCUGUUACUGGGAAGUCAAGACAAGGGGAAGGUUUUACCUAGCAGUGGCUUACCGAGGAGUCAGCAGGAGAGGGAGAGGUAAAGAUUGCAUGUUCGGAGGGAGCGACAAUUCCUGGAGUCUGGGCUAUAGUUACGGGGGCAUUAUUUGGCACAAUAACACAGAAAGAGCGAUACCUUUCUCUGCCAAAGACACUAGCAGAGUAGCGGUGUAUCUGGACUGGCCUGCCGGCAAUCUGUCCUUCUACAGUGUGUCCUCUGACACACUGACACACCUCUACACCGUCUACUCCCGAUUCACCGAACCCCUCUACCCUGGCUUUGGGUUUGAGUUCAACUUUUGCCCUGAAGUGCGUGAGUCAUGGUUUGGUACCACGCUGUCUCUGUGUAAGAUAGAUGAGGGACCAUCUGAAUCAGAAACGGAACUCCUCCGACGGGAUCACCACAUCAUCAUGAGUACUUCGGUGUCGGCUACAGGGUGGUGCAGUGAUUAGAACUGGCGC